AUGCCCAAGGAGCGGAGGCACCAGGGUUCUCCACCUGAGACCUGUACCGGAGGUGCGGAGAACUGCUGCGGGGCUCGGCGCGUACCGGGCGCCGGGGUGUUCACGGGCGGCGCUGCCUCUGCUGCGCGCAGGACGGGAGUCGCCGGAGGGCCGGUGGUGGAUUCCCUCCCCGCAUCCUUCCUCUCCGUCCAAAGUCAAAUUGCUCUUUUCUCCGCCCACGCGGGCGUGGCGGCUGAUAUCCGGUCGCUGGGCGUCCCCGCGCCCCCGGGGGCCCCGCCCUGCCGCUAUCUCCGCGGCCCACCCCGCGGCGCCUCCCUGCGGAGCUGCUCCCCCGCCCAAACCGCCGCGGCGCGACGCCGAGCCAGCCCCGCGAAGCUGCACCCACCCCUGAGGACCAGCCUCUCGAAGGCAGGGCCAACACCUCCCCGGGCUGCUGCAGCCGUGAGCCACCCCUGUUUUGUGAAACACAACGGCCGCACUUGGCCGUUGCCAUGGGCGUUUUCUGUGUUGACACAAGCAGGGACACGGAAUCCCUUGACUUUGAGUUGCAGAUCGUGGAUGUUGGCGUCUCCGCUGCGUUACCAGGAAGGAUGGAAGGGGCUUCAGCCUCCAUCCUCACUUUCCUUCUCAAGGAGUUGGCUGAGCACCUGUAGUUUUCUCUUUGGCUUGUCUCAGGUCCCCUUUCCCUGAGAGAUGAAAAGUUUUUCAGAAAGAUGAGCGCUUUCUCUUUAUUCCCAGGGACCACUUCACACACUCCUUUUUCACCUCCAGAGUAGAUGGAACCGUGGAACCAUGGAACCCUGCCCUCUGGUUGUGUCUGUCAUCUCCUACUGGGACCAGAGCCACAAAAGACCUAACUCUCUCCAGCGUGCAGGCAUCCCAACUAGAGGAAGCAAGGAGGCAGGGACCAAGAGGACAUCAAGAGGCGUUUGAACCCGCAGAGAGGGCCUGGAACACAAUGCUGAGCGUGGGCCCCACCACUGCUUCACAGUGGGGUGGGAGAGUGGCGUGGGGAGAGUUGUUGGCAUUUAGGGCAGGACAGUGCCCCGCCUUCGGCUUGGGACGGGGCUGUAUUGCAUCAUUACUGUAACCACUAGCCACCCCCGCCCUCACAACCCCUAUGUAUGAAAUGCAAGUAGCACCUCCCCAUCUUUGUGACAACCCAAAAUGCCACCUCCUAUGCCCAAGCACUCUCUAAUGAGGUGCUUCCUUAGGUUGAAAACCACUGUUAGAUCAUUUCCUAAAAUAUAUCUCAAAAGACAUCAAUUAGUUCCUUAAGAUAUAAGUAGGUGUUAUAUGAAAA